AGUUCACGUUCGACAACGACAGGCAACGAACAUUAAUGGUUAUCGUUCGAAAAUGUCUACAUUUUUCUUUAAAAGAACUGUGCAUCAUAGCAUUAUUAUUAGAUAAAGAGGAAGAGGAAAAGAAAAGAAAACGACGUUUUGAGGCUCAUAAAAUGUUAAAGAAAAGAAAGAUUUGUGGAGAAUAUUCGAAUUCUUAUCCUAUUGAUGGAAUAAAAAAUGAAUCACCAUACAGUUCAUUUCGAAUUAAAAUGGAAGAGAUGGAUACAGGAAGUGAUAAAAGUAACGAUAAUAGUUUGCACGAAAAUUCAACAAACAAUAAAGAUGAAGAAUCAGAAUUGAUUAAAAAUGAAAAUGAAGAAAGUGGAGACGAUGAGCCGAUAGAUGAUGAAGGUGAAGAAGACGAGGAAGAAGAGGAGGAAGAUGCCGACGAAGCAGAGGUCAAAAUUAUAGAAACCACUCUUGUACAGAAUCCAUAUGAUUAUGCUAGUCACGUAGCUCUCAUUACCAAAUUGCAAAGAAUGGGUGAAUUAGAACGAUUGCGUGCUGCUAGAGAAAAUAUGAGUUCCAAGUAUCCUUUGAGUCCUGAACUCUGGCUCUCAUGGAUGCGCGAUGAAAUUAAAUUAGCUACCACAUCAGAACAAAAAGCCGAAGUAGUGAAGUUAUGUGAACGAGCUGUCAAAGAUUAUCUGUCUGUAGAAGUAUGGUUAGAAUAUCUACAAUUUAGUAUUGGUAAUAUGGGCACUGAGAAAGAUGCAGCAAAACAGGUCCGGCAAUUAUUUGAAAGAGCAUUAACAGAUGUCGGAUUGCAUACUAUUAAAGGUGCAAUAAUAUGGGAAGCAUUCAGAGAGUUUGAAGCUGUUUUGUAUGCAUUAAUUGAUCCUUCAAACCAAGCUGAAAGGAAAGAGCAAUUAGAACGUAUUGGAAACUUAUUCAAAAGACAAUUAGCUUGUCCUCUGUUAGAUAUGGAGAAAACGUAUGAAGAGUAUGAAGCAUGGUGUCGUGGAGAUGGCGCAGAUGCUGUUAUUGAUGAUAAAAUUGUUGCUGGAGGAUAUGAAAGGGCACUUGCAAAACUUAAUAGUCGUUUACCCUUUGAAGAAAAGAUUGUUUCCUCGCAAGCUGAAAAUGAACUUUUGGAUUCGUACAAAGCAUAUUUACUGUAUGAAAAACAAAAUGGAGAUCCAGGGCGAGUAACUGUUUUGUAUGAAAGAGCAAUCAGUGAUCUUAGCUUGGAAAUGUCACUUUGGUUUGAUUAUCUUACAUAUUUAGAAGAAAGUAUCAAAAUGGAAUCUGUCUUAGAUCAGAUAUAUCAGAGAGCUUCCAGAAAUGUCCCAUGGUGUGUAAAAGUAUGGCAGAAAUGGAUGAGGUCGUAUGAGAAAUGGGGGAAACCAACAUUGGACAUUCAAGCAUUGUUAGAGAAUGGUUUAGCGGCUGGGUUUUCUACCGCAGAAGAUUACCGAAAUUUGUGGAUGACGUAUUUAGAAUAUUUACGGCGCAAAAUUGACCGAGAUUCCAGCGAAGAAGAAAAGCAAAUAGAAAUAUUGCAUAACACUUUCAACAGAGCUUGCGAACACUUGGCAAAAUAUUUUGGCUUAGAAGGAGAUCCCAAUUGCGUUAUAUUACAAUAUUGGGCAAGAACCGAAGCUGUACAUGCUAAUAAUAUGGAAAAAGCUAGAUCACUGUGGGCAGAUAUAUUAUCCCAAGGACAUUCCUCAAUAGCAUCUUACUGGUUAGAAUAUAUUUCAUUAGAAAGAUGUUACGGUGAUACAAAGCAUUUAAGAAAAUUGUAUCAAAAAGCUUUAACUUCAGUAAAAGACUGGCCAGAAAGUAUAGCAAACGCUUGGUUAGACUUUGAACGAGACGAAGGUACGCUGGAACAGAUGGAAUUUUGCGAAGCACGGACAAAGGAAAAAUUAGAUAAAGUAGCCGAGGAAAGGCAGAAAAACCAACAAACUUCGAAUCAUGAAUCAUCCCCAUUGCAGAACAAAAAAGCUCACAAGAGAAAAACAGAGGAUAGCGGUAAAUGGAAAAAUUUAAAUACUUCCCCAGCAAAAAUUACAAAAGUUGAAACCCAAGUGAAACCAAAAGCAAAAGAAGCUAAACUGAAUCUAGAAACGAAACUUGACAGUGAUGGCAAAGAACAGCAAUCUAAAGUUGCUCCACCACCUGGUUUCAAGGCACCAGAGAGUGACAAAAUGGACGUAGAUAAUGUACAUGAGGUUGAUGAUAAAAUCACAGUGUUCAUAAGUAAUUUAGACUAUACUGCAACGGAGGAAGAAGUUAGGAAUGCUUUACAAGCGGCUGGACCGAUUACGUUGUUUAAAAUGAUACGAGAUUACAAAGGUCGCAGUAAAGGAUUCUGUUACGUACAGCUGAGCAGUGCGGAAGCAGUGGAGAAAGCUUUGCAGUUGGACAGAACACCUAUAAGGGGACGACCAAUGUUUGUUUCGCGAUGCGAUCCAAACAGAAUACGAGGAUCAGGAUUCAAAUACAGUUGUUCUCUCGAGAAAAAUAAACUUUUCGUUAAAGGAUUGCCAGUAACAACAACAAAGGAAGAACUAGAAGAAAUCUUCAAAGUUCAUGGAAUAUUGAAAGAGGUUCGUAUAGUUACUUACCGUAAUGGUCAUUCGAAAGGAUUGGCUUACGUUGAAUAUCAAGACGAAAACAGCGCCGCAAAGGCUCUCCUGGCAACCGAUGGAAUGAAAAUCGACGACAAAGUUAUUAGUGUGGCUAUAAGUCAACCACCUGAACGCAAGAAAACUCAAGGGAUCGAAGAAACAUCUUUGGUUAAGUCUUUAGGUGGUAGUACAGUAAGCAGAACUACGUUUGGUAUGCCUAGAACCUUAUUGUCUAUGGUACCACGUACUGUUAAAGCCGCUACUUCAAACGGUAGUGCAAGUGUGACUGGAAACAGUGUUCCUCAAAAGAUGAGUAAUCAAGAUUUUAGGAAUAUGUUAUUAAAUAAAAAAUAACUGACUACAAGGUA